AUGGACAAAGCAGUGACGGAAGCGACAGAGAGAGUGAUCGCUUAUACGGAGACGAGGGAACAACCAGUGGCAUCAAACUUUCGCCAAUCACAAUCCACAGGCCCAGCGGGCACGGCAGAGAGAACACCACCUCCAGCCUGGACCAGAGCUAGAUCAGUGGCCCUCAGUUUACCUCCAGGCCCUCCUCUUGCCACCCCUCGCCGAUCAACAAAUGCUCGCCAGUCGCUAGCCCAAAUCAGCGAACAAGUCGACAGCGAAAACAGAAACGUACAAUACCUCCCCACCCCCACACCCAAAUAUCCACGUCUCAACCCUCGAACCCAAAACUGGAAGUCCCAGAACCCGGGCGGGAGGCAGAUAGCCAUGAUUCCCGACGGGGGGGGCAAGGCAGAGAUCCAUGAGCCACCAGAAGACGGAUGCCAACAGUGA